AUGAGUUUUACAUUGAAAGAAAGAGGACCUUUUCAAAUAGAAGAAGAUGGGACACCUCGUUUGACGGAUGAAAGACUAAGAGACUUCUUUUCUUCUAUGACUCACUUUACCUUGACUUUCCUAGUCAGGCACAACAUCCCUACAACAAAAUUUACAACUUAUGACUGCUAUAGAUGGAUAACGACUGCUGAUUUUCGAGUGGUAAACAAUGGGCAUUUUUCCCAAUUUAAUCAAAUGGAGCGUCAAUUUUGCCAAAACGUACCUGACAAGUACAUCCAGACAAACUUUUUAACCAGAUAUUUAUGGGUUUUGUUAAUAACUUUCAUCUUAAGUUUAUUAAGUCUCUACCUAAACGUGAAGUAUGUCAAAGGAAUCACUAGCAGCAUUGAACGGGUCAGGAAGGAACUGAAUAAAGAUCAUCAACAAAAGCAGAAGGAGAGACUAACUACCACUCAGAUGAACAAUAAGAAUUCAAUAGAUUCGCACAAAUUCGGCCUUGACGAGAUCUAUGAAGGAGAAGAAGAGCAGGACGAGCCACUUGAUGAAGAGGAUAUGAGAUUUAGCUGGGCUGAUUUGACCAUAGCUGAUUGGAGAGAACUGUAUUCUGGAUGGAGCUUCUUGACUAUUCUUGGAAAUAUUAUCACUCUUAUCGCUCUAGCUUUUCUAUUAGCAUCUACUGCUACUUCACAGAGAGAAGGGGAGAUAAUGCUAGGAUUUGGUGCAUUCUUAGUAUUAAUCUCACUUCUUAAAUAUUAUGAAAACGCUAGAGUUUAUAACAUUGUAUGGAACACAGCUCUAAAAUCUUCAAGUGUUUUCUUCAGAGCGACAAUUGGAUCAUUACCAAUCUUCAUAGGAUUUGUUGUAUUAGCAUUUUGCCUGUUCAAUGGAAAUUCAUACAUGGCCUACUUUACAUUCACUAUGUAUUCACUCUUCACAACUUUAAGUGGAGACAUAAUCUUUUUUUUAUUCGUUGAGCUUAAAGAGGUAGCGUACUUGCUAAUUCAGGUAUUUUUGAUCGGUUUCAUGUUCAUCUGGUUUGCAGUAAUCUUCAGUGUGAUUGUGGUUAUCGUUGGCGAUGGCUACAUCGCUGCUAAAAGUUCAACGAAAUAUGACUGGAUCAUUGAUAGUAACGAAUAUGAAGAGGAAGUUGUCAAAAAUAUUAAUACUUUCUUCAGACAGAAUUAUGAUGGAAGAGACCCUCUAAAACCCUUCAGAGAGAAAUCUAUUCGUGAGGAGAAUAGGAAAAACCGCCUUCGAGUGAUUCUUAUUAAAGAUAGAGAGUUGCAUCAGCUGAGGUAUGCUCAAUCUCUAGGAAUCCCUGUUGAAAAUUUGCCUAAAUAAGAGCAUUCUUGAUGAGACACCCCUUCAGAAAUUGGUUAAGGAUCAUGAUCCUCUAUCAAAUCAAGCUAAAGAAUGUGUGAAACUGUUGAAUAUUUUUCAAAAGAAUAUAAUCAGAAAGACCUUCAAAAGGGAUAAUGAUGAUAAAUAGAGACUAUGCUGACCGCCUGAAAGCUUGUAUUGGCAAGCUUAAUAAGAGAAUUCAGAAAGUUAAAUACCUAUCAAAGGUUGAAUAUGAAGGACUCGAUGUCAGAAUAGAAGAGGGUGAGCAAUAAGUUAUUGAGUAGGAAGUUCAGAUUUUGCUUGUUUUAAGUGGUUGUUAAGAAUUUAGUUGGAGAUGGAGUAAUGGGGUGUAGGAUAGAGAAGAGGUUGAGAAGGGGAUUGAGGAAGAAGUUUAAUGAA